AUGAAUGUUGAUUUCAUACAAUAUAAAACCAAAUCCAAUAUCAAAGGCAACAAUAAUUACGACGACGGUAAUCUCACUGACGACGAAAACGAUACCAAUAGUAACACCACAAUCAGUACCAGUAUAAGUACUAGUACCAAAGAAGUUAAAAACACCGGCCAAGUCCAUCAUCAGUUAUACACCACAACUAGUAAUCCAGUAGGGUCUUUAGAAUCAACUACUUGCCCAUCCUUAGCAACCACAUCUUCAGAUAAUACCAGUAGCUCAGAUCACAACUAUUUAUCUGCAUCUGAACUGACCCUGGUACCCCCAAAUACGGCCACUAACAACAAUAAUCCACCCCCAAAUUGGUUGAAAGUUAACCCACCUCCAAAGCUAACAUCAUUACCCAUAGAUAUUCCAUUACAGAUUAAAGAAGUUGCUCCUGGGGAAUCAUCAUUUAGUUCAAGCGAUUCAGACGAGUGUAGGAAUAGUUAUCCGAACACUCUCAAUUAUAAUCAACCAGCCAAUUUUGCUAUGAUUUAUAAUAAUGCUCAAUUAAAACGUCAACAGCAGAGUAUUUUAUUAAAUCAGAAACAACAGCAGCAACAGCAACAGCAACAAGAACAAGAACAGCAGCAACAGCAGCGUCAACAACAGCAACAAGCAAUGUUAUUAUCACCAGCUAGAGAUUAUAAUAGUCUUAGAUAUAUUGCUAAUAAAAAAGUUGAUUCACCCAUGUCAGAUGAGUUUUUUUUUCAGGAUAAUUAUCCUCUGGAUGUGAAAUUCCAAUAUCAACAAAGUAUUAUUGAAUUUUUAAAUUAUAUCAUUGGCAAAUAUAAGGAGAUGGAACAAGGGAUAAACUCGUAUAUGGAUUGGUGGAAUGUUUAUGCAUUCAAAAGACAAACGUUAGACAACAUGAUCCAUAUUGCUCAAGGGUUUAAAGCAAUGAUUAUCAGUAUUUUGAAACAGUUGAGCGUUAAUAGUGGGAUAAUUAAAAAUGGUUCACAGAGUAAAAAUGAGGCUUUCAAACAAAGGUCUUUGGAUCCUUCUUACAUCAAUAACAACACUACUGAUAGUGAUGAUGAUGAUUUAAUAAAUUAUAAUGUGUUCCAAUUUGUUUAUAAUUGUUCGAUUGAAAAUGUUAAUAUUGGAAAUUUAAUCAAUUGUUCAUUAUUUACCAAUACAUUCAAAUUCAAUUUAUUGAGUUAUUAUUACAAGUUGAAUUAUCUUUUGAUCAAUGUUAAAGACCAAAAAAAUUGGUUAGUGAUCCCUAUGGAAAUAUGGUAUAAGUUGCCUUCGUUUAUUAAAAUUAUUAAUGAUAAUUUAACUAAAAUUAAUAAACCAAUGACGAGAGAUUUAGAAAUCACUUUGGUAAAAUUGAAUUCAAUUACUUGUAAAUUCCCCACCGUUGAUAAUUUGAAAAAAACUGAUCCUAUAGGAUCAUGGCAUGAUUUUGAAAAAAUUAAUCGUUUGUUGACGGAAAAGUUUCCUGAUUAUACAGAACAUGGUCAUGUUCAAGAAUUCCCUGAUUAUAUGCCUCGUCCGUUAUCAUCAUCAAAUGAUAUUAAAAUCAUUCAUAUGAAAAGAGUUGCUGCACCACCAAGACGAAUUGAAAGUGGCUCGGUACCAAUUAAAAAUAUCACCAACAGCAAUAACAAUAAUGACAACAACGGCAGAGGCAAUAACAAUUCACAGCAGGAAAAACUAGGCCGAGCAACAUCUUUGAAAAGAUCAAUAAGUAAAAUCGUUAAACGAAGCUUGUCAACUAACGAUGCAAACAACAAGGAGAGAGAAGAAAUUCCGAAUCAGAGUCCAGCAGUUAAGUUAGAAACAAAUACCCCUAAGCAUCAACCACAAAGACAUCAAUCAUUACAAGAGCAUUUGAGAAAUCAGCAGCUGAUGAAAACUCCUAAGCGAGAAGACUUGAUGCUGUCGAAGCCGCCUAAUACACAACGUCCGUUACCUCAACCAAGUAUUAAACCAACAAUUGCUCGAUAUCGAUCAGUCAAUGGUAAAAAGGCAUCCAUUAAAAAAGUUGACAAUUCAGCUAUUCAAUAUCAGUUGGAUUGUUUAAUGCAGUUUCGUAAACGAUUAUUUCAAAUUGGUCCUCAAUUAUUGGAUUUUUUGAACUUACAAUUAAAUUAUUGUAAAUCAUGGGAAUCGUUAAUUGACGAACAGCAGCAACAACAAAAUAGAAAUACCUUUGCAACUAAUGACCCAUAUAUCAAAUCGAUUUAUCAAUCUUUCCAUGAAAAAUUGUUGAAUCAAAUUGAAUUCACUAAACUGACAAUUAUUUUACAUAUUGCUGAUAGGUUGAUUAUUCCCAUCGAUGAGUGUCUUAAACUAUGUGAUCAAGGUAAAGGUGAUCCAAUUAAUGUUAAUAAAUUUAUGGAAUUAAUUGUUGCUCAAUAUAACAAAUUGUAUAGACAAUGGUUGGAAGGAAUAAUUGGACCCAAUAGUAUUAAGGAAUACCAAGAUUUAUGUAACAAAAUUGGUAAACCCAAUGGAGAAGAUAUCAUUCAGUAUUAUAAUCAGUUGACUAGGUUGAAAAGUUUGGUUAUGUGA